AUGCGUGGCUGUGGAGAGUACUAUAUUGCUGAGGACGAGUCCGUACCUCAAGACCUAGAGGAUUUCAAGGAGCAUUUCGAUUUCGCCUGUAAUGGCGAUAAUGAGUUUCCGAGCCAAUGGCCCAUUGAAUCCAGUAUUCCAGGCUUCCGAAAGUUCAUGGAGGAAGAUUUCCUGGUCACCUGCCAAGACGUUGCACGGGACGUCUUGACAUGCCUUGAGAUGGGCCUGGCCCUCCCUAAGGGCGUGUUCACCAACUGUAUGAAAGAUCGUGUCGAUGAGCUUCGUAUCAGCUAUUAUCCACCCUUGAACUUAGAAAAGUUUAUAGGUGGCAAGCAAAAGCGGGUCUGGCCACACACUGAUUUUGGACUCAUCACACUACUCUUCCAAGAUGCAGUCGGCGGUCUUGAAACUGAAAAUCGCGAGGAGCCUGGCACGUGGAUCCCAUUAAACUGUGAGUCGCCCACGGAAAUGGGUGUCUAUAUCAGUGACACCUUAGCACACAUGACCAAUAACUAUCUUCGGUCAGGAGUGCACCAGGUUGUGUCACCUAUCUCCGCGCUAGACUAUGGAGCAGGACUGCUAGAAGAGCGAUACUCGGUUGCGCUGUUUGCCAAGGCAGACCGAACUGCCAACGUAGGCCCAUUGGAAGAAUUCAUAACCCCAGAAAAUCCUCGACGAUAUGAGGAUUUGACGGCUUUCGAUCUGCAUAGAAAGCGAGUUGGGCAAUUGUAUGGUGCUGCUAGCUCGAGCUUACGACGAUUGUGUGGCCCAUUCGUGGACUACUGCCUCGAAACUGGUUUUUGGCCUUACGAUCUGAAGGGGAGAAAGGCGACUGUUUAUGAUGGUGGCGAAAAGAAGAGGACAGGGUCUUCGCUACGGUUUGUUGGGGAGUGUGUGGCUGCCGCUUUGAGAUUACCGGAGGAGGAGACGAGGCAUAAACGGUUCAGAGUCUCUGAGGUUGAAUAUACGGGAAAAGAGCUUGUGAAAGAAGCAGAAAAGAUUGUGGGAGAGAAGUGGACGGUAGAUAACCAGCCGUCGACCGACUUGUUGAGAGAAGAAGAGGAGGAGAUGGGCAAAGGGAGAGAAACGGAAGCGUAUAUGGCUUUCGUGAUCAGAGGAGACUUUGAUGAUAGCCCCUUUGGAUACUUAAAGGAUGGAUUUGAGUUCUGCCGAAGUGGGGAGGUCAAGGUGCAGAGAAGGACGCUGUCUGAGAUCGUCUUGGACGUAAUGAAGACAGCAUCACCGACGUAG